AUGUGGCAGAGGGUUCUUGGUCACUCACACGUUGGUGGUUCCUUGGGCAUGGCCCAAUACACCUAUCGCCCUCUCGCCAAGGGCUCCAACAAGAUUCGCCUCCUCCGUUUAUUACCGCAUGAGAAUAAGGCUGCCCGUGUGGAAUGCGAACUCAUCGAAUAUACUCUGACAGAUUCCGUGGGACAACAUCCAUAUGAAGCCCUAUCCUAUGUAUGGGGCAAGGGAGGCGAGCCACAAACUAUAUCCAUAGGCAGUAGACCUUUUCAUGUCACUGGGAACCUCCAUACAGUGCUACUGCGUCUAAGGAACCAUAGUGUGGCACGUCUGUUAUGGAUUGAUGCCAUCUGUAUCAAUCAAAAAGACGACCAGGAGAAAUCCCACCAAAUCCAGCUGAUGCGAACAAUCUACGGUGAAGCUUGGAGAGUCAUAGUUUGGCUGGGAGAGGAGGCGGAUCAAAGCAGUGACGCACUGGCAGCCAUACGCAAAGCCGCAGAAGAUGCUUCUUUAGACCCCGUGUCUAAAAGCUACUAUCGUGAUAGAUCAGACAGUGAGAAGUAUAUUCCGUCCUCGCUGGCGCUGGUGCAACGCCCCUGGUUUCAACGAAUUUGGGUACUCCAGGAGGUGGCGCUGGCCCGGGACAUUGUAGUCAUGUGUGGCUCUGUGGAGAUGAAUGGUUACGCGUUUAUCUCGGGCUUGCAGAGCUUAGAAGUUCUUCGCACAGCCCACCCGAGGCUCCAAGGCUUGGUGCAGUCAGCGUAUCACCUGAUUAAAGAUGCAGUCUUCCGGCCUAGUUAUCGAUUCAACACACGCGGCACACUGUCCAUAGGUGAGCUGAUUGAUAUGUAUCAUUCACGCCAUGCCUCCUGCUUGCAUGAUAAAGUAUACGCGUUGCUCGGCAUGUGUUCCGAUGACCCCGACACAGAGGCUCUGAGGCCAGAUUACAAGCUCCCGUGGAAUAAGGUCUUCGAGCGCGUGAUCAAAUAUAUUAUCUCGCCAGAUAUUUCCGUCAAGACGUGGCCUGACCGAGAAGCAGCAAUUAUUAGAGGGAAGGGCUAUGUGCUGGGGAUUAUCAAGUCGGUCACAAUGCCUGGCUCACGAUAUGACAGACAGGAGGUGAAAGUUCUAUUCCGCGAUACAGUAGAGACACUGUACCAAUACAUGAAUUCCGGUGUACAGUGGCUGCUCCAAACCCCGGCGGAGCCGAUUCGCGCGGGUGACAUUGUCUGCCUGCUUAAGGGGGCUUCGGCUCCAACUAUUGUAAGGAUAUCGAAUAGUGGACUAAAAAUUAUUAUGAGCAGCGUGGUUCCACGACACAAAGCUACACAUGAUACGAGGGGAUGGGUUCCACAAGGGACUCCUUCGGAAGCGAGCGUUCUUCACGACCUCGUUCUCCAGUGGGACUGGGCUCCUACACUGGACGGUCUGCAAGUAAAGAAUCGAGCAACAGUUCCGCGGGAGUCACAUAACUCACAACCCUCGAAUGCGAGAUUUCACCAUGAGCAUGGCCCACCUAAUCUCACUGUCUUGCAUGAUAUCCUUACAAUAGCCGUUCCGUCUAAGUAUAAUGUGUUGACGUCCGACUUCUGCGGCAUUGGCAGAGCACCAGAUGGCGCUUCAGCAAUGAAAGCUCUGUUGAAUCAAGCGGGCAAUAUUCUACCUAUCACGGAAGACAUAGUUAGGAGAGUGGCAGACCAUCCCGAGCUAAGCGCUGAUUUGCUAGAGGUCCUUUUUGAGCAUAAGGGGAACACCCUCCCCAUUACAGAACAAGUUGUCAGAGCUGCGGCAGGGAAUCCUGAUGGGCAAGAUGCGGUGAUACUUCUUUUCAAGCAACGGGGGGACAGCCUUCCCAUCACAGAGGAGGUCGUCAAGGCGGCAGCAGAUAUCAAAAACACACAACUGGGCAUGCACCGCAAUGUCGCCCGCGCAGCCAUUGAUGCAAGAUCGACAACAGUGAUAGCAAGUAUUCUAAACACCAGUUCCCCAUAA